AAAAGACUUUGAAUUAAAAAAAAUGUUGUUUAUGUUAUAGUAUUACAUUAGCUUUUGAUGACUGAAAGAUCAGUGCUUCUUUGUUCUAUUCACAGGUUGCAUAGACUGAUACCAAGGAGUGCUAUUGCCCCACAUUUACAGCCCUGGUUAUAUAAAAAAACCAACAUAAAAACUGAAAGUUGAGAAGCAGGAACCAGUGUGUCUGUGUGCGUGUUAGCACAUAAAGAGCCAACCAAGAAAAUGUUUGGUCGCAUUAAUAUUGAACAUAAAAUGUGUUGUGUGUCCUGUUUUUGUGAUUGCAAUAGUUUUUUAAAAAUGAUUUUUUAAAUCCAUUCUCAGAUAAGCACUUAUCAAACAUUGUAUUAUACUGUUGUAUUUCACCUUAAAGGCUAAGGGCAACCCCCCACCCUACUGAACACCCACAUUUCUUAUCUUUUAGUCCCCUGUACGAAAGUCACAGCUUCACUGUGUAAAAAAAUUUGACAUGCAAAGCAGUAUAGAGGAAAUGUGCAUACUCUUAUCACUUACUAGAUCGGUCAGUUUCUCUCUCCCAAAGUGUCACAUUGGAGGUGGAGGUGUCGAUGAUGUGUAUCAUGCAUCGCAAUAUAAAGUUGCUGCUCUGUGGGCAGUUAGACCAUACAAUCAUCAAGAUCGCGGUGACAGAACGUCUGCACUUUUGCUUUUGACAUCACUUCAGGAUGACCUUUCCACUGUGGACAUUUGGGCUUCUAAUGAUCAGCCUCACGGGAGCUCACGAACUCAACCACUUUCCAGAAAACUUUGCGGUGGCAAAAAGAUAUGAAAAUUACACACUGACCUGCAAUUCAAAACCUGACGACAUCGUCACAUGGAAGCUGAAUGGCGAUCCACUGGAAGAUGAAGAAAAUGUAGAGCUAAAUGGUCAGAACCUGACCGUGUCAGAUAUAGAUACACCAAAUUUGGGUGACUACAGUUGCUGGAGAGGUGAAGAGAUGCUAUCCUCAACCUAUCUGCUGCUGAAGGCUGAUGAAGAAGACACAAUUGAUUCUCUCAUUAACUGUCGGGCAAAGUCUUAUGACUGUAACUUCAACUGCACUUGGACAGGCAAUGGAUACACAGCAGUGCGUCUUGGACUGGGUCAUAACUGCAGUAAAAGUUCAGAGUCCUGCCAGUGGAUUAGUAGCAGUCGGCGGCUCGCAGAGGGGGAACUGCAGUUUGAGAUGUCUCACGACCUCUCACCCUACGCAGAGGAAAGCACCAUGCUUGAACUCACUGCUGAGGCUAUACGCGAUCUGUCCGUUUUCAGAACAUCGAAGAGAUUUUAUCUCAGAGACAUUGUUCAACCUGACAGUCCCCAGAUUGUCAAGUGUGAGUUAGUGAACGAGGACGUGAAUGUGACCAUUGCUCCACCAUCCACCUGGUCAGCACCUUACAGCUUCUUCAGUCUGGAGCACCAAAUUGAAUAUGUGCUUAGAGAUGAUGGCCAAACCGGACAUUCAUCAUCUACUCUGAUACCAAAGAAAAUCAGCAAGCUCAGGGUUCGCUCCAGAGACUCACUGGUGCUCUCCAACUGGAGUCAGUGGACUCCCUGGAAAAAUGUGAAAACUGGAAAACAUCGACUAUGCCGAUGCAAAAAAACUGAAAAAUAUUGUUGCCCAGAGUUGUCGCCUGAGGUUUUCAAUGACUGCAAGGAAGAGAAGAGAAAAAGGAAGAAGCACGCUAACUCAAGUGGGAAAUAUUAUCCACAAUAAAACAUGGACAGUGAUUGAUAGUGGUCUAGUGUAUACAUUUGGUGAGAGUAGAUUUAUAUAUGAAAUGUAAUUAUUAAACUAUAUUGAUUUUGAGUCGAGAUUCAAUACUGUGGAUGGUAAGGAUUUUAUACUUGAUUUUUUAAAUGUAUAAAUUACAUGACAUCAUCAAUUAAUUCCCUUACAAACCAUAUAUCCUUCAUUUACCAGUUAUGGAGAUAUUAAACCCUUAAAGAUUUGCUAACAUUUUUUAAAAAAAACAACUUUUCUGUAUUUAAGUUUAUUCUUAUUGUUAUUUUAUAUAAUUAUAAUUAUAAAUGUCCAGCUUUGAAAUGAUUUUUUCAUCAUAAUAGUACAUAUGUGAUAUUAUAACAUUUAUAAAUAAUGGCAAACUUUAUAAAUAACAAAAUUUGCAAAUGUUUAUGUGAUAUUUUUGGUUGAUUGUGAAUUGGUAGAUAAAUGAAAAAUGCAGGAAUUUUAUUCCCACUAAAGUUUGUAAUAAGAAGAAAUUUCAAAGCAGACUUUACUGAAUACACGAUUUGGGACAUAUAAGUUCUUAUGACUGAUCUGAUUUUAGCUUUUUUCUAUUGUCUGUUUAUGAUUUUUGUAUGUCUUCAGUUGAAAUCAUUUAUAAAUACUAAUGUGCUUGUUUUGUCAAAUAAAAUUUAGAAUACUUUGGUUAAAAGAUUUUAUAAAUGCAUUUGGAAAUGGGCUUUAAAGAGACACUGACAAACUUUACAUCUUUGUCAGAUGAAUUCAGCAUGAUAGAAAGGUUUUAGUUGGUUUAUUUUAUUUAUUUAUUUAUUUUUACGUUAUGUAAAUAACUUUACUUUAAUGAGGUAUUUGACUUGUCUGUUAUAGAUAUAAAUGUUUGUGUUUUGCCAUGCAGGCUUGUGGAUAGUUCACAUGUAAAUGAGCUUUAUUAACCUUUAUUAGGGCAUUACAUUUUUUUGUUUUUUCAUUUAACUGGUAUUUGAUUUCUGUCAUUUUGGCAAAUAGUUUAAAUCAAUACAGUAAAAUGGGACAACCUGCUACUUUCCAGUGCCUCUAAGUUUGUAUUUAUAGUUCUUGAUUUCUGUUCAUAUCUGUCCUAGUCUCAUAUCCGUGUUUUGUCAUUCCUUCAGUCUCUCCAGUCAUGUACCCGUGUCUGUCUGUUCUGUGUUUUGCUCCUUUGUCUCUCCAAUCUGUCACGUUUCCAUGUCUGUUUCAAGCCCACGUGUCUUAGUCUGAGUCUCAUUGUGUGUUACUUCCUGUUCCAUUUUGAUAGUCUCGUGUGUAUUAUGUUUAGUUUUUCUUCCCUUGUCUCAUCAGUCUGACUUUGGUUCAGCUGUGUUCCCCAGGUGUGCUCUGUCUGCCCGCUUCUCCUCCUGUGUAUCUCCCUCUGUUGUGCUGUCCCCUCAAGCUGUGUGGUUCUAUAGUUUUCCCUUGUCUUUCCCCCUAGAUUUAAAGGUACUUAUUUUCCAGUUUAACACUCUACCUGAUUUUUUUUCUGGUAUUGAAUUUCUUACAGCAAUUAAGUUGUCAGGAAGGACACAAGAGUUUUUUGGGUCAGGAAGUUAUAAAGAGAGAAAAAACACCUGCUUUAUUAGGUGCACUUGCAUAAUUGCUUGUUAAUGCAAAUAUUAAAACACUUGGUCACAUGACAGCAAGUCAGUGCAUUUAUGCAUGCGGACAUAAUAAUGGAUUGGAUUUAUAUAGUGCUUUUCAAGGCACCCAAAGCGCUUUACAAUACCACUAUUCAUUCACUCUCACAUUCACACACUGGUGGAGGCAAGCUACAGUUGUAGCCACAGCUGCCCUGGGGCAGACUGACAGAAGCGAGGCUGCCAUAUCGCGCCAUCGUUCAAAUUGAACCUAAAUCUCUGAGGAUGAAGAAUGAAGGGAGUUUUUAAAGUAAAAGGUGACAGUACAAGCAAAGUGCACCUAACAAAGUCUCUGAUGAUUGUACACGAUAGGGAGAUCAACUAAUGACUUUUAGGUCAUUGUGAUAAAUUAAAUAAGUAACUGCCAGCUUCAUAAACAUCAUACAUAUUCAUAUGCAUCUUGCAGGCAUGUUAAUAAUAAUAACAAUAAAACACAGAGACACAUUUACCAGUAGUUUGAAAAACUGGUGCUAAAAGAGCACCACAACUUCUUACCCAGUCGCCUCAUAGCAGAAGCUACAACUGGGACAUGCGCAUGCGCGGAAAGAGAACGGCGGAAAUGGUUGGCGAUCUGACAGAAGCAGAGCGACAAUGGACGCUGCACUGUUUUAAGACACAAAGAGACACACUACAGUCUCAUCUCUGUAACGCGAGGGAGAUUUACUAAUGCCUUGAACAUGGGGAAGGUUUGUCGAACAGCAGCGAUAGCUUUAUACCUCUGGGGUCUCUUUAUGCAGUUCAGUCGUCUGUCAGGUGAGACUAAAAACAGAAAUGGGAACGUUUGAAAUUAACAGCUAACUGUUCGUAUUAGCUGCAAGAGUUGUUUUUUUUAAGUAUUUCUUUUUGCACAACAGCGACUUGAGUUAAGGGGCUUAUUGUGGCAUUUAUUUAUGGUGUCUGUCUGGCAUAUCCGUGCAGUGUUUGUGGUUUAUUAAUAUUUCUGAUAUAAACAAGUCACGCAUGAUAAGUGCUUCUUUUCGGACCUCCUUCAGCUCUUGGGGUCAAUGAACUGCUGUAUUUCCGGGUCAUCAGUCCAGAGGAGAUAGGCUACCUCUUCAGUGCUGCACCUGCUAAAGACUUUGGAGGCACUUUCGUGAGGCCUCAGUCUUCUGUUAAAUAAUUUGAUAAUCAAAUGUUUUUAAAGUCUCAGGUGCACAACUUCACCUUCCCUCUAAUCAUACUCUUUCCUUCUCCUUUGACCCGCAGA